AUUUUGUCCAUACAGAAUUAUUUUGGAAUUUUUAUAAUUUCCACAAAACUAUGAAGCGCUCAGGAAUGAAAAUGUGAAAUAAACUGCUUAGUUAAUCUGAUUACAAGGAUUAAAUCAGAAAUAAUUGUGAAAAAAAAAUUGUGUAAAAAAAAGUUGAAAAAGCUCGUCAAAAAAGUCUCGAAAAAACUGAAAUUUAAAUUAGUUUUGUGAAAUUUACUGAACAAGAAUCGACAAAAAUUGAUAAUUCGUAGAGCAAAAAAAUUGUAAAAAAAAGUCAAAAUUUAUGUCCAAAGUCAAUUAUUUGGACAAAAUCUUAUCAUCUUAUCGUCAUUAUCCAUUAAAUAUCAUCUAACCUAGUAGACAAAUUUAACAUAAUCUUCAAUAAAAAUCAACAUAACCUAAAAAAAAAGUCAACAUAACCUUCAAAAUCUCACCAUAACCUAAAAAUCUCACCAUAAGAUAAAAAUCUCUGCAAAACAAAAAAAAAACUUUAACAUAACCUAGAAAAAAAUUCAAAACAUAACCUACAAAAAUUCAACAAAAACUUGAGAGCAACAUAACCUAAAAAAAAGAAAAAUCUUCAAAAAAAAGGUUCACCAAAAGUCUCUAAAAUACUCAAGUUCAAGUACGACAGCCAAUCCCAAAACCACUCCGAAAUGGAUCCACAACAACAUUCCGAACAUUCAUCCGCGCACUCAUCGCCGAUCCACCUUCAAAAAAUGCAAUUCAAGCUCCAACAACGUCUCAACGAAAAUGCACAGAUGCAACAACAACUUCAUCAGCAACAACAACUCCAUCAACAGCAAUUGCAACAACAACAAAUGUCAAAUCCACCACAAGCAAUGUCACCGUUAAUGGUUCGUAAAAUUGGCACAAAAGCAGCAUCGGCAAUUGACCUUAGUAACGGUCAACAACCUUAUGACAUGUCAACACAAUUACAACAUCAACAGAAUGUCCAACAAAUGCCCCCAAAUCCACAACAUUCACUCAUGCUUCAUCAGCAACAGAAAUUUCCACAUCAAAAUCAUCCAAUUGAGCAGCAAAUUUUCCAACAAUUUCAUCAAAAAGCGAUGCUUAAUCAAUUGAUGAAGAUUCAAGGCAAUAACGCAUCGUUGGCUGACUUUCGAUCGAUUGUACAUAAUCAGCCACAGGUUGAUGACAUGCUGGCUAGUAAAGAUCAAAUUCAUGCAAUUGUGAAUGCCCAAAAGCACUCUGACUACAUUGUUGAGGAUUAUAUGGAGAAAAUACAGACGAGAAUUGCUUUAUUGGAAACGGAAUUAAAGUUUGCUGACAGGAAGUUGCAUGUGCUGUAUGGCGAAUAUAAUGAAAUGCUUGCUAAGAUUGAUAAAUUAGAGAAUUUAACGAUUGCACAGCAACAAGUUCUUGGGAAUCUUCUGGAUCUUUGUAAUAAUCAGACUCAGGAAGUUACAGCUGCUAAGAAUAUUCAAGCAAAGGCAGCACAGCUAUUUGGCAUCGAUCCACAGUCAAUAAUGACAAUGAGUCAGCUAGAAAAUUUCCAAGAACCAUUUCAACAAGAUGCUGUAGACAGCACAGCAACAGAGUUCAAUGAACUACUUGAAGAUCUCAAAAAUGAAGCUAUUAUUGAUGGACUUAGAGGUGGUAAAGUGAUUGCACCUCUUCCAUUUGCUCAACAACAGCAGCAACAGCAACAACAGUUUCAGCAACAACAACAAGCUUUUCAGCAACAUCAACAACAAUUUCAAAAUGAUUACGAAGGUGAUGCUGAUUAUGAAGCAUUAAUAGCGAUGAUUAAUAAGCAGAUGAAGUUCCAACCAACAUUUAACUUCCUACAAAGGAACGAACAGGCACAGGAAUUUCUAAAAUCACAAGAAGCUUUAAAGCAACACAUUUUACAGCAACAAAAUGCAAUGGAAUUAAUGAAGAAUCUGAAUGAAGCACAAAUGAACAUGGAGAUGGAGUUUUUUCGCAGUGGCGAGGUCAACAAAAGCCUUUUUGAUGCGGUAGCAAUGCAACAGCAACCGCUGGACAUGAUCUAUGAGGAUAAUGAGGACAAAGAGGGAAAUGGAAAAGAGAUCUCGCCAAUUAAUGACAAGAAUGAGCAACAUAAGAGAGAUGAUUCAGCCGGUGCAUCAAGUCAUGAUGAAAAGUCGACAGGAUCGUCGACUAGAAAGUCAAAGACGAAGAAGAAGAAGCACCAUCAACAGCUACAACUACAACAAUUUCAGUUACAAAGUGACGAUCAACUUAUUCAUGAAAUUAUCGAGGAAAUUUUAAAAUUAGAAAAUUUGACAAAUUUAUUAAAUAAAAAUCAGCACGAUGAGCUGAAAAAUUGGAUAAAAAAUGAGAUUAAAAUUUUUCAUAACCUCAAAAAAUUGGAUAUGAAUUUUGUGACACUUUUGGUGAGUCCAGUCACACAUCCGAGUCCAAAUUCAUCAAUGUCACUAGAAGAAGAAGAUCAAAGAUUUGAAAUUUUAAUGAAAAAAAUCCGCAAAAAUUUAGAAAUUUUGAAGAAAAUUGAACCGACAGCAAGUGAAGCUGUUGAGCAGCCAAAAGACACAUUGACAUCUUCAAAGUCUUCAAUCUACAAUGACGAUGAGUACCUGCAAUCAUUAAGAAAGUCCCUGGAUCGACACAAUUCAAUGCAACUCCUCCUGCACAUGCAAAAUCCAAAUCUUCAGUCAUCGACAAGUAAAUCAGUUCUCAAUUCGUGUGAUUUUUUAUCGGAUGAACAGCUGGAUGGUGAUGGCUCGUCCAGUCCGCCUCCACCAGCUCCUAAUGGUGAUGUCUAUUAUCCAACGGAAGACAUCUAUGCAGCUGCAAGUCAUUUAGAACAAGAAUGGAAUCCAUUUCAUGUUGACAUCUUAAUGAUGAAGGAACAACAGACACAACAGCAACGGAAGGCUGAUUAUGGAGCAUCGUUGUCUCCAUAUCGAAAACAGUCGUCUCCAAAAAACGCGAAAAGUGACUCCGGACUGUCCUCAAUGUCCGGUUUUUCAAGUUUUGAAAAGUCACCAAAUUCACCAUCGUAUUCACUUCCUUAUGACCAUGCGACAGUCACUUUUCGUGGAAAUAUUCGGUCACAAGAUUAUUUAAAGCUACUUAAUUCAUAUCAACAGAUGAAAGCAGCUGGAACGGCAGCAGAUGUUCAAGUUACAUCACCAUUUCUAUUCUCGGAUGUUGCAAAUCCGACAGUUACUGAACCACAAGUUCCAAAUAAACAGCCUGCAACAUCUGAUGGGAUUUUUGGGGAAGAGAAUCUCAAUUAUAUUAAGGAAUUGUCACAGAAUGUCCCAAUUUGUUCAAUUUAUGAGAAUAAAUCGAUUUUUGAUAAUGUUAGUGUAAUUAAGCCUGCAUCAGCAUGGGAAGUUUAUGUCAAGAAUCAAAAUCAACAAGUUGAGGAGCAACCGAUGAAAGCAUAUCCAGAUUUAAUAGCUAAUCAGGAAGUCAACGGAAGUUCUAGUACCAAAAAGACACAACAAAAUCAUCAAGAGCAAGAUGCAUUGAGGAAUAUCCAACAACAGCAACAACUAGAAGCUCUUAUGGAACAAAGAAGAAAGCUUGACGCUCAAAAACUUCAACUUAAACAGGAACAACAAGCACUGCUACAAAAAACAAAACAACGACAACAACAACAGCCUUCAAAAUCAUCACAACGACAACUGACUGAUCAUUUAGUUUAUUAUCCAUCACAACAAUCAAUAACUGACUAUAAUUCAUCUAUGAAUCUUGAAUAUCAAAGGGAAUAUCCACCAGCAAGAGAACCUCAACAUCAUCAAAACCUCCAACAUGAUGAAUUUAUGCAGCAUGCUCAUGCACAACAGCAGGUUCAUUUGCAACAUCUCCAACAAAGACAAAUGCAGCAACAGCAACAACAAAUGCAAGGAACAAAUGAAAAGAUUAAGGAUAAGAAGCAUCACGCAUAUCUGAAUAAAAUGCACAAUUGGUUACCGGAUAUAAAACUUAAAAAGAUGUCUAAGAGACAUCGAAGUAACUCUUUGCCUGGACAAGUCGAUAAUGAAGAGUAUUUUGAGAAUCAAAGCUAUAAAAUGAAUCUCAAACAGCAACAGCAACAACAGCAACAACAGCCACAUCCAAAACAUGGCAAAAAAGGUGACAUUUAUGUCAUGAAGAACUACAUGAAAGGCAAAAAGAAGGAAAUAGUUCGAGCAAUGUCCAGUGUCGUUCAUAAAGCACAAAAGUCAGUUCGUCGUCACAGUUUCAGUCAUCAUCACUUGUCAGAUGAUGAGAAUCUCCCGCCAGAAGCACAUAAAAGUCGACAAUCGCCAAAAUUCCAGCAAGUUCGUGCAACACGUUCAUUGUCUGCAGCACCAUCAUCUAAAGGACGUAGCUACUCAGACACCGAGACAGACAUAAGUUCCAUGUUCUCAGACAGUGAGGAUCACUCGGGUGCACCAGUUUUUGCUACAAUGGCCGACUCUAUGACAAAACAUUCUGAUGCUGGUGAUUCUGAUGGUAAAAAUUCGAGUGGUGAUAAAGCGGUUAGUGACUCAUCGACAGGUAGUAAGAUGAAGCAGCCGCAAGAAGCCAACGGCGAUCAAUCGGGUCAAUUUAAUCUGAAUUUUCCCAGCACCAGUAUGGAAUUUGCAGCGAGUCGGAAAGUAGGAAUUUUAAGGAAAAAGUCAUCGAAUGCUGAUGGAAAUGACGAGACAGUCAGUCCAACAGGAAAUGAGAGUCCAUUUGAGGGUGUUUUUGAAAAGUCAAAAAAGCCACCGCCAAUUGGAAGUAAGGAGCAUCACAUGCUGACAAAGACACAUUCAAUUUUUGUGGAUUCAAUUGAUGAUAAUGAUGAGAAGAAGCCAGUUCCACUGCCAAGACAUGACAGUAAUGAUUCACAGCCACAAAGUGCUAGUAAACCGAUUCCUAGUCCGAGAUUUGAGCAUUCAAGGUCGAAUAGUAUUAAAGCUAGUCUUGAAGUACCUGGUGGACGUGAUGAGGAUGAUAGUAAGUCACAAAACUCCUUUCGGACGUCAAUAUCGUCAAGAAGACAGAGCACAGAAGACUCAAUUGACACUGACGAUGAAUAUUUCUAUUAUGAAAUGAGAAACCUUGAGGAACUUGAAAGGAACAGCCACAUGGAGUCUAUAUUACAAGAUAAUAAGAAUCAGCUAAUCAGCAACAUUAUGCAACUUGAUAAAAACUUAGCAGAACCUGACGAGGAUGUUAAGAAGAACAUGUCAAAUGUCUUGUCAGAGCUGAAAGCUAAGGUUAAGCUCCGAGAGCCAGUCGACAACCAGAACAACAAUACAAAUGGAAACAGCAACAACAGCAAAAAGAAAACAACCAACAACAAUAGCAACAUUUACGAUAAAUUCAAUUUCUCAACAAACAUCAAUGACAUGCCAUGGAACCGCGACUCAGAUGAAGAAUAUAACGAAGAUGCCAAUUAUAUGAAUCAAUUGAAUCAAUUCGAGUCAGAAAUCCGCGAUUCAAGCUACGGAAAAGUGAAAAAGAAACGAAAGAAAUCAAAGCAACGCGAGCGCUAUGAAAAGUCCUCGUCGUCGUCCGCAGACGAUGAGGACGAUAAGUCAAUUGCGAGUCCACAGCAACCACAACAUGACGAUUUUCAUCUUGGUGUUGAUAAAUUUGAACGUCCACAUUCGCAAUCGUCUGGCGUAACAAGUGGACCCGACUCGCCAAUUGCAAGCGAUGAGGAACUUGAAACUCAUUUUGAUGAUGGACAUGAUGAUGACAAUGACAAUGAUAAUGAUGAUGAUAAUGGACAUAAUAAUGACGAUAAAUUAAUUGUCGCUGAAAAUUACGAGGAUUUUAAACAGCGACAAAAAAACGAGCGGCUCCUCGAGCAUUCACAGCAGCCGCCUCAACAUCCGAAUGAUGAUCGAGGAGCGAAUGAUGGGAAAGUUCAGUCCGGGAACGCUGCUGCCGAGAAUGAACUAAAAAAUAUUGUGGAAUUAGAAGGUGGGAAGAAGACAAUUGGUGGGAUGAAGAAGUUAAUGCAAUUGUCGUCAACAAUGUCGACAGACUCAACAAAUCAAGAUAGUGGAAUAAGUGAUACGAGUGGUGGACCGGCUGGAAGUAGUAAAUGGAAAUUAUUAAAGACCUUAAAGGAACGGAAGGAAAUGAACAAUCAAGUAAAGAUUAAGGAAGAAGAGGAGGUCGGAAAGGAGAAGCCGGGCGGCGGUGGUGAUGUUAGAGGCAAUCAUUCAAAUGACAAUCCAUUUUACAGCAACAUUGACAGUAUGCCUGACAUACGGCCACGGAGGAAGUCUAUUCCGCUCGUGUCGGAACUUACAAUGGCAGCAACAAAGAGAAAUGCUGGCUUAACGUCGGCAAUUCCACGACCAAUGCUCAAUGAUGAGGAUUUGAAAACUCAUGUGUACAAAAAAUCACUUCAAGCGCUCAUUUAUCCGAUUUCAUCAACAACACCGCACAAUUUUACGCCUUACAAUGCAACAUCGCCGACAUAUUGUUAUGAAUGUGAAGGUCUCCUUUGGGGUAUUGCCCGUCAAGGUGUACGAUGUACUGAAUGUGGCGUCAAAUGUCACGAAAAGUGCAAAGACCUCCUUAAUGCCGACUGCUUACAAAUGUGUUUUGCAGGGGCUGCUGAGAAGAGUUCUAAGCACGGCGCCGAGGACAAGGCGCAAUCUGUGAUGACAGCAAUGCAAGAGAGAAUGAAACAACGUGUCUGUGACAAACCGGAAAUAUUUGAAUUGCUUAGAGCUAUUUUUUGCUGUGAUGAGAAAAGUCACGCUGGUCACAUGAAGGCCGUCACGCAAAGUGUUCUCGACGGGACCAGCAAAUGGUCUGCGAAAAUUGCCAUUACAGUGAUAUGCGCACAGGGAUUAAUAGCAAAGGACAAGAGCGGUACAAGUGAUCCAUAUGUGACGGUACAAGUUGGAAAAGUGAAAAAGCGCACAAGAACGAUGCCGCAGGAAUUGAAUCCAGUGUGGAGUGAAAAAUUUCAUUUUGAGUGUCACAAUUCGUCCGAUCGCAUCAAAGUGCGCGUAUGGGACGAAGACAAUGAUCUCAAGUCAAAGCUCCGUCAAAAGUUGACACGAGAAUCAGAUGACUUUUUAGGUCAAACGAUAAUCGAAGUAAGAACAUUGUCAGGUGAGAUGGAUGUUUGGUAUAAUUUGGAGAAGCGUACCGACAAGUCAGCUGUGUCUGGUGCCAUUCGGCUGCACAUAUCAGUAGAGAUAAAAGGUGAAGAGAAAGUUGCACCAUAUCAUGUCCAAUACACGUGUCUGCAUGAAAACAUCUUUCAUUAUUUGUGCGAACAAAAUUCGAGUCUUGUAAAGCUUCCGCAGGCGAAAGGCGAUGACGCUUGGAAAAUUUAUUUUGAUGAGACGCCGCAAGAAAUUGUCGAUGAAUUUGCAAUGCGAUACGGAAUUGAGCCGAUUUAUCAAGCGAUGACACAUUUUCAUUGUCUAUCAACGAAAUAUUUAUGCCCUGGUGUGCCGUACGCGAUGAGUUUCUUAUUGGCUAAUAUUAAUGCUCAUUAUGCUCAUACGACAGCCUCGAGUGCUGUUUCUGCGAGUGACCGAUUUGCUGCUAGUAAUUUUGGUAAAGAGAAAUUCGUGAAACUUCUGGACCAACUGCACAACUCAUUACGUAUCGAUUUGUCGUCAUAUCGCACAGUCUUCCCAGCAUCAUAUCCUGAAAAGCUUGAAGAUCUGAAGUGUGUUGUUGACUUAUUGACCAGCAUAACAUUUUUUCGUAUGAAGGUUCAAGAACUUUCAUGUCCACCACGUGCGAGCACAGUCGUUAAGGAUUGUGUCAAAGCCUGCCUUAGAUCCACUUACCAAUUUGUGUUUCAACAUUGUUACGAAAUUUACAGCAAAGAGUUUCAGGUGGAUCCAAACGAAAAGAUCGAUCCAGAUGACCAAGGUCCUCGUCUUGAUUCACUAGAUUUCUGGCAUCGUCUCAUAGCCUGUCUAGUGUCGGUCAUUGAAGAAGACAGAAACGUAUACAGUCCAAAAAUGAAUCAAUUUCCGCACGAACUCAACGUCGGUCAAUUGUCAGCGUCGACAAUUUUCUCGUUACUUGCCGUUGACAUCAAGUAUGCCUUAGAAGAGCACGAACAACAUCGAUUGUGCGAAUCGUCAGCUUACAUGAACCUCAAUUUUGCCGUAAAACGGUUUUAUGUGAAGCAUAUAAAGGAAGUUCCACCUUAUAAAGGAUCAGUGCCUGAAUAUCCUGCCUGGUUUGAGCCAUUUGUCAUGCAAUGGCUGAAUGAAAAUGAUGACGUAUCACUAGAAUAUCUUAAGGGUGCUUACGCCAGAGAUAAAAAGGAUGGGUUCCAAAGAAGCAGCGAACAUUCGUUAUUCUCGAACUCUGUCGUCGAUGUGUUCACGCAACUUUCGCAAUGCUUCGAUGUCGUUAGUAAACUUGAAUGUCCUGACCCCGACAUAUGGAGGAGAUACAUGAGGCGCUUUGCAAAGACAGUCGUUAAGGUUCUACUCUCGUAUGUCGAGAUCGUGAAAAUAGACUUCCCGGAGCAGAUGAAGGAUGAGAGAAUCGCCUGUGUCCUCAUGAACAAUAUUCAACAACUUCGAAUUCAGUUGGAGAAAAUGUUUGAGCAGAUGGGCGGUGAGAAAUUAGAAGAAGAUGCGGCGAAUAUUUUGAAAGAUUUACAGCAACAGUUAAAUAGUAUUUUGGACGAAUUGGCAUUGCAGUUUGCAAACAGCCUUAAGCCAUGCAUUUCACAAAGUGUACGUGAGUUAGGCGAGCGCUUGUUCAACAUUAAAAGUAAUGGAGCGCAAGCGAAAGCCGGCUCUACGGAAGCUGAUGAAGUGCUUCGUCCACUGAUGGACCUUCUCGAUGGCUCUCUCACAAUGUAUGCACAAUCCUGCGAAAAGACGGUGCUGAAACGUUUGUUGAAGGAAUUAUGGAAGAUUGUGAUCAGAACCAUCGAGAAAACCAUCGUCUUGCCACCAAUCAACGACAAGACGAUCAUCUUCAAAAAUCUCACCGACAACGCCAAAAACAUCGCUGCAAACGCCAAAAUCGAGGACAUGGGUAGAUUGUUCAAAACUCAUAUAUCGUCGAAACAAGAUGUUAAGAGCACUCUAACUUCCGUGAUCGAACUUGAGAAGAACCUUUCCUCCUCUCAAACGGCUGUCUUGAAUGUGUGCCUCGAUACAAUUAAACAGUACUUCCAUGCCGGUGGAAAUGGACUCAAGAAAAACUAUCUCGAAAAAUCGCCAGAGCUGCAGAGCUUACGAUACGCUCUCAGUUUGUACACACAAUCGACUGACGACUUAAUAACGACCUUCAAUACAUCCCAAGCUGCUAAUAUAACCCAAAAAGGUGUUCAGAACACGCCCGCUCAAGAAGCAUCACGUCGACGGUGCCUAGAGCAGGAUGAGAAUGCUGAAAAUACAAAUCAGCCACCACCAACAAUCAAAUUGAGAUCAAACAAGGAUCUUCUUAGUCAAGAUUCGACAAAUGUUGACGACGAAGUUGUAGGUGAAGUUUCUGUUCAGGUUGAUCUUUUCACGCAAGCUGGAUCGGGUGAACAUAAAGUUACUGUUAAAGUUAUUGCCGCUAAUGACUUGAAGUGGGCCAGUCCAUCCGGUGUUGUGUUUCGUCCAUAUGUUGAAAUCAAUCUUACAGGUCCACAUUUGCAGGACAAGAAGCGAAAAAUGGCAACAAAAUCAAAGACCAACAAUUGGUCACCAAAAUAUAACGAGACAUUUCAUUUUGCCUUCAAUACUGCAUCAGAAGAGCAAUUGGACUUUUAUGAACUUCACAUUUGCGUUCGUGAUUACUGUUUUGCACGUGAAGAUCGUCUCGUUGGUGUUGCUGUGUUGCAGCUUAAGGAUAUUGUUGAUCAGCGAUCCUGUGCUCGCUGGCUUCCACUCUUCAAGAGCAUUCCAAAAGACGAAACCGGUUGGACAAUAUUAAGAAUCUUAUGGCAGCGAAGCAACGACGAAGUUGCAAAGGAAUUUGUCAAGCUCAAGUCAGAAAUCCGACAAGAGCCAUCAGAAAAGGACAAAUAAAGCGUUUAAGCACAAAAAAAUUACUUAAUUUUUUAACAAUGUAAAAUAAUCUGGUUGUGAUACGUCCAAGUGAACACAAUAACAUUGAUUCAUACAGACUUAGUAAAGUAAGGCAACAAAACAAAAAACCAAAAAGAUCGGCACUGUAAACAUCAAAGCACAAAAAUAAUUAAAACGUAAAAAAAUCGUGGACAAAAAAAAACUAGGAUGAAAUAAUCAAGUGGAAUUAAAGCUUUCGGAUGUAAUUAAGCAUAUGACAAAAUAGUUGAUCAAGUCAACAAGGCGAAAAUGGCGAACAAAAAUUGUAGUUAAAAACUUUUAAGUACAAGAAAAUUUAAUAAUUCAAAAAUAAUGAACACAUCUAGUCGAAAAUUCCCUAAAAAAUUGAAAUGUUCAUUUUUAAACUUUGUUGAAUAUAUUCUUGAAUUUUCUUUUUAUUUAAAUUCUAAAAAUUGGUAAAAUUAAAACAAUUUUUUCAAAUAACAAAAUUAUUUUGUUAAACAUUUUGAUUUUCUUCAAAAACACAACUUUUGAAAAUUUUAUAAAACUUGAAAAGUUCAAAAUUUUCAAAACGGGGUUAAAAAAAAUUCAAAAAUUCAAAAAAGUUGAAAACAAAUAAAAUCUUAUUUUUAAAAAAAAUAUUUCAAAAUAUUUGAAUUUCAACCAUCAAUAUUCUUCAAAUUUU